UUUCAGUUUUGACUUUCCCUUAAAACUUCAAGCGUCAGUCAUCAGCAGAGGAAUAGGGAGUGAAACUGAAACUCAACAUCUCUCUCUCUCUCUUCACACACACACACACACACACCCCCUCCACACACACACACAGCCUGAGCUGGGAUUUGCCAGUGCCUUCGCCACUCUCACUCACUGAUUCACUCAGCACCAGUUCAGGCAGCCAGGGAACUUGUCCCCACUGUCCCCUUGAACAGCAGCAAUGGCAUCAUCGCCCUCCUCCUCGUCCUGCUCCGGGCUGAAGCCGGACCUGACCUGCUCGGUGUGCCUGGACUACUUCCAGGACCCUGUGCUGACCCGCUGCGAGCACACCUUCUGCCGCCGCUGCGUCCAGGAGUUCUGGCGCCAGCAGCGGCGCAACAUCUGCCCCAUCUGCCGCAAGAUCUGCCCCUCCGACCACCUGCUGAGGAACCGGGCCCUGGCCGGGGUCAUCGACUCGCUCCGGAGGCAGGAGGACGCGCAGCUCUGCGGCCAGCACCGGCAGCACAGGAGCUUCUUCUGCCACGAAGACCAGGAGCUCAUCUGCUGCCAGUGCCGGGACUCGGCUCGGCAUCGGACCCACCCAGUGAUCGGCAUCGAAGAGGCCAUGGCCCGCUACAAGGAAGGAAUUGAAAGUACGCUGAACUCCCUUCAGGACCGAAGAACCAGGUGCGAAGGACUGAAAUCAAAAUCGGAGAAGUACAUGACAAGAUUACAGGAAUGGGCAAGGCAGACUGAGUGCCAGAUCAAGAACUCGUUCCGUAAGCUCCAUAUCCACCUGAACGAUGAGGAGAGCUACCUGAUACAGCAGGUAAGGCAAGAGGAGCGAGACUCCAGCCGCAAGCUGCAGAACAUGACCGAAGAGGUGUUCCAGGAGCUGCGAAUCCUGAGGAAUAACAUCCAUGAAAUCGAGAUGCAGAUGAAAGAUGGUGUCCUCAAUCUGAAGGGACUAAAAGACAUACAAGCAAGACUGGCUCACACUCUACCCACCCCAGUACUGAUAAUGCACAAAGUGCCGUUUGGGAAGUUUUCAGGACCCAUGGAAUACAGGGUGUGGAAAAAGCUAAGGAAGCUCCUGGACACAGUGCCGGCCACUGUGACCUUGGACCCGGACACCGCCCACCCGAACCUGGUCGUCUCGGCAGACAGGACCUCGCUGCGGCUGGCCAACACCGAGCUGGCCCACGACGUGUGCAGCAAGGUCAGCCUGGAGCCAUGCGUCUUGGCCUCCGAGGGUUACUCCAGCGGUUGCCAUUACUGGGAGGUGGAGGUGUCGGGUGAGAGCUGGGCGCUGGGGGUCAGCAGCCGCUCGGCGCUGCACAACGGCCACCUCACUCUGACGCCGCAGAGCGGGAACUGGCCGCUGACCUUCCGCAACGGGGAAUACGAGUGCUUCUACCCACUGCACACACUGCCGGCCCCGGGCAAGCCCCACUACAUCGGUGUCUUUCUGAACUUGGACCGCGGGUACCUGUCGUUUUAUGAUGCUGAGAACAUGUCACACAUCUUCACUGUGCCCAGUAAAUGCUCUGAGAAGCUGUACCCUUGCUUCGUGCCCCCCUCAUCUGGUAAAGCCAUGUCCAUUGCUCACUCCGAGCGCUGGGAACCAUCGGUGACCCGUGGGGUCUCGACAUCCUGCCCAGGGGGUUCGAGAGGGUUGGAGGGCAGAUGGAGCGAGACCUGAAUGGAGGGCAGCACUGCCGUAGGUGUAAGUCAGCCCUGUUCCACUGUGGCGGGAGCUGGCCAGCCCCUUCACAACUUAGCUCCAUGCUAAAUAUCCUGAGGUCAGGUACAGAUCAAUUACUGUCAGUGGCAAUGUGUUUUGCCAGUGAAAAGAGCUGGUUCAUUUCUGUUACCACAAUGCAGUGACCAGCUUCCUCUUCCUGAGGUGCAAUGGACACUCAAAAGUCUCUCUUGGUGUUGUCUCUCUCUCUCUCUCUUUCUCUUUCUUUCUUUGUCUCACCCUCUCUCUGUUUCUUUCUUUCUUUGUCCCGCUCUCUCUCUGUUUCUCUUUCUUUGUCUGGCUCUCUGUUUCACUUUCUUUGUCUGGCUCCCUGUUUCGCUUUCUUUGUCUGGCUCUCUGUUUCGCUUUCUUUGUCUGGCUCUCUGUUUCGCUUUCUUUGUCUGGCUCUCUGUUUCGUUUCUUUGUCUGGCUCUCUGUUUCGCU